AUGCAAUCAAUUGCUAAGCAACAUGCAUUGCCAGAAAAAACUUACGGAAACGAGUCCAGCGGAUCCUUCAGCGAUGAGCUCCUCGAUGGUCUUUCCUUGAAGUCUGGAGACAACAAGCUUGGCAGUUUCGGCAUCAGUGUCAACUCCGACAGCGCUCAAGAUGUUUUUAAGGUCGUCAACCUGAAAUUUAAUUCGGCUAUUUUCAACUUCCAAAGUCUCAUAUCAGUGAUCCUUCUUCUAAUCUGCACUUGUGCUUAUAUCAGGGCGUUCGCACCUAGAAUAAUCGAUAGAAACAAGGAAGGUCUCCUGGGUGUUUUCUGGAAGUGUGCAAGAAUCGGAGAGCGUCUCAGUCCCUGGGUCUCAAUCAGUUGCUUCUGCAUGGCAUUUGUCGUGCUGUUUCUAUAA